AUGCGUCCGGUGACGCUCGUGCUCGGAGGGGUUCAAGUUGACGGGCUGGUGGAACGAGACUUUGUUUUACUGCCUGUGGCCGACGUGUUAACUGCCGCCGGAGUCGCUGCAGGAAAAAACGCCGAGUCCGGGGCGGCUGUCGCUGGAAUAGGACACCUGACUUCAUCUGCGCCCCUUUGCCGGUUUGUUAAGCAGAGGUCGUCGCCAACGGCCUGCCCGUCUGGGACGGCUCAGCUCGCGCUCGAUGCCACCCUCGUCAGCCCGGUCACGCGGGCAGGCGAGCCACAGCCGGCGGCGACACCUGGGGACCAAGAUGACACCUCCACGAUGGUGGUCCCGGGGUGCUCUGUCUUAGACACAGGACAGGGCACGGCGAAGAGCAUCACGAGCGACAAAUUCAAGCCGGGCCUUCCCGACCUGGCUGCUGCGGGAAACCGUGAGAGGGAAAUGAAUUCUAGCCGUGCCAAUGGCGGCAGCCUCAGGAAGCAAGUGGGAAUACCGCUUUCUUUGGAUGAUCGCUUGAGCCGGCUGGCGGAGAACCACGAUUGGAAGCAUGGAUUUAGACUCGGAGAAGCAUCGCAUCCUGGACCCUCCGGUGGGGGAUCGCGGGCAACAGCAAGGAUUCGCAAUGAACGCGAAGAGCAAGAGGGAGCUGCAGUGAUCUUGCAGCUAUGCUACGCCCAAUGA